UCAUAUUCCGAGCCCAAGAACACUAUUUACUUUCGACUUACGGGAUAAACAGGAAGCAAAUCUUUGACGUUAUGUCGGGUCAUCGCUCAAGAGGAACACUGGCUAUCGCCAUGGUGGUGUUGCUAAUCGCAUUGAAUCUAAAGGAGUGCAAUUCAGAAGACACUUGUGCGUUUGACAUGGAUCCACCAAAUGUGACAUGUUCAAAUGUAACGACAAAACCUUUCUUACCAAAUUCCUUUCUCGGACUGGUUGCGGGAACCGAAUUCACCAACGUGGAUGAAAACGUUGACCCAAGUGGGGCCACGUACAACGUCACAAAGGGUCGGGACGGAGACUUGUUCCUUCCAGGACACACACCUGUUACACUGUUCGUAAAAGAUAUUUGUCAGAAUGUAGCUACUUGCCUCUUCUAUGUAGAGAACACACUUACCGAGUUGCCUGUGAAUUGUCCAGACUUGAAUCGCAAUGUAAGCACAGAUGUGGACAAGGCGACGUAUACCUUUAACCCAGAUUUCGGAGCAGAUGACGUCACCAAAUCUGCAAGUGGUUACAGAUAUCACGGAGGUGGUGUCUCGGUUAAUCUUACACUAGGAGGUUCCCCACUUGGAAGCAGUGUGUCCAUAGGAACCCAUGACGUGGUUGCCCUCAUCUAUGAUGACGUAUUGAAUAAGACAUGCACAGGAAUCUAUAUUAUUACAGAUAAUGUAAAUCCUGUGGUCGCAUGCCCAGCUGACUUCACCUCCGAUACACUCACUGUAUCAUUCUCAGCGGAUGUCACAGACAAUGUUGACCCUGCACCAGCGUUGACCUACGAUCCUGUAGGGCCAGGUUCUGUUUUUCCUCUGGGUCCAACGACAGUCACUGUCACAGCCACAGACAGUUCGUCAAACAAACACUCAUGUUCAUUUACUGUUACGGUGACAGAAUCAACCACUACUUCAAAUCAAGGAAACAGUGUCGGUUCGAGUGGUGAAAGUAGUGGAGAGGAUGCUGACAGUGAUGAUGAAGAUUCCUCUGGUUCGAACGAGUCCUAAUAAAAACCUCAUAAAAAAAUAUUUACGGUGUACUGAUAUUGUUUUGAAUCUAUUUUGUGUUUUCGAUAUUCUUUCUUUUUUCUUUUAAAAUUAGGAAAACAUUAAUUGUUUUUAUUCCAUUACAUUUCUUACUCAGUGUUUUUAAUUCUCUACAUUUCAUUUUUCUUCAUUUGUACAUGUACAACGUCCUCCCUUAUUUUCCUCAUCUUACUGAAUGAAUGCAUUAGAUGAAUAUUCAUUAUUUUGUACUAUUUCUAGGUAAAAUCGUGUAGUGUAUUGGUAGAUCUUGUCAUAUAUAUAUAUAUAUAUAUAUAUAUAUAAUUACGAAUAAAGCAUUGUGUGUAAAUUUUGUAAUACGUUAAUCUUUUAUUCCAUCGAUCAUACGAAAUAUUUCUAUUUAUAAAAUGUAAAACAUUAAAUUGUCAGCAAAUAAGGUAACUUUCUCAGCUUCACGAUCAUUGGAAAUGUUUAUAAUAUACCUUUAAAAAACGCAAUGUUAUAUAGUCGCUCUAAAAGGCUAUGAGCAGCAACAUCAUAAAAACCUCAUUAAAUCUUCCUUGAAAUUACUCAAAAUCACUUCAGUAAUACCUUGAUUUAAAUAGUUUUUAUUACUACAGAACUAAUACGAGUCUGGCUAACAUUCCGUGAAGGAAUGGAAAAGGUUGGCAGUGUUGUAAUUAUUAUUAAUUUACUACCCCUACUUUCUCAAAAAUGAGAGCCUUUCGUAUUUUAUGUGCGACGGGGAAAUUGAUCGAGGUUGCAUCUGUACGGUCAUUUUCAUUUUCAAUUAGUGCAUUUUUAUUGAGUACUGCAAACAGAUGAUGAGUAUAUAACUGAAUUUAAAGGCCCACAAUAUGAACUGAUAGAGUCAAAUUACAUUUGCUGUGUUAUAUUUAAUAGAUUUCAUAUGUUUAGAAAUGAACCAUACGUAUUUUAAAUGUUUAUUUUUUAAUGUAUAUAUUUAUUUUAAGCUAAAGUUGUUGGGUUUCUCUUUACAUGAACUUGCAUUUAAUGUAAGUAAUUAUAUUGCAAUGAAUUAUGUCAUCCCAGUAGAUCGACAGCCCACGAAACCGACAAAACAUAGAAAUAAACAAAAGAACAUUUCGGUCUCUUAGGAUGUUGGUCUCCUCGCCCAUCGGGUACAGUGAACCCUAAAGUGGCUUGAAAGAUCUCGAUAUUUUAGUGAACCCUUCAUAAGAUUGUCAGAAGGCCGGCAAGACCAACUUGAUUGUAUCUCGUUGACUGUCGGUUUAGAUGGCUGUUCAUCUCGUGCGCUGUCGUUCUCGCGGGCUCUAUUUCCCCUCUUAGUUUUAUUCGAGGAUCGAUAGUUGUCCUGAUUGUCCCAAAGAAAAUGUAUUACUAUUAUCGUAAUUAUAGAUAAGAUAAGAUCAGAAAAAGAUAUUUCGGUUAAAGCCAUUUUGUUUAGUUUAAUUUCUUAACUGGUAUAAUUGAGCUUUUGUCUCUAGUUUUGUCAGACCAGACCUGAAUUUAAUUUUCAUCCACGUAUGUUGUGUAAAUCUAUAAGACUAAUAAAUGCAACUGGAUUAUAUGGGUCUACUGGAA